AUGGCGCUCCCGCUCGUAGCUCUGCGCGUCCUGUUGGGCGGCUUCUUCGCACUCACGGGGGCGGCCAAGCUCUCGGAGCACAUCUCGGCUCCGGUGUCAGAGCAGAUGAAAGCCCUGUUCGUGCAGUUCGCUGAGGUGUUUCCGCUGAAGGUGUUCGGCUACCAGCCAGAUCCUAUGAGCUACCAAGUGGCUGUGGGCUGGCUGGAACUGCUAGCUGGGUUGCUGCUGGUCCUGGGCCCACCGAUGCUGCAAGAGAUCAGCAACUUGCUUUUGACACUGCUCAUGAUGGGGGCUAUCUUCACUUUGGUGUCUCUGAAAGAAUCACUGAACACCUGCAUCCCAGCCAUCGUCUGCCUGGGGCUCCUGCUGCUGCUGGAUAUCUGCUAGCUCUUAGUCCAAACUAAAAAGAUGUUCAGACACCCUAGGAGGAAGUCUCCAAGUGCAUUCAAGGAAUCCUGGGAGUAG